AUGACUCUACUUGAUGAAUCCGGAGACCGAGUUCCAAGCGCAAGCUUCGUCAUGUUUGACAUAUUCAUGAUCGGCCCAACAUCCGCGACUGCCGUACCCCAUAUUAUGUUUUCAUGCACCCGCCCCGAGUCUCGCAAAAUUGCCCUCGCUGCAAUCAAACAAUCCGGCAUCCUCGACCAGCUCCCUCGCGGGAUCUGCCUUGGCGACUGGGAUUAUCCUCCCCAUAUCAAGGAUCAGGUUUACCAUGUUUUCGCCACACCCUGUUGGAUCAACAUUCAACAGUGGAACUGGAACUGCAUCGUCAUUUUCUUCUAUCAGGCCCAUGCCUUCAUUUGCUUGGCAAACCUAUAG